AUGCACGAAAACGGAGAGAAAUCACCAAAUACACCGACUAGAUCAAUUGAGGAUAAUGAAGAUCCAAAGAAAACUAUAACUGAGGAUAAUAAGGAAAAUAAACCAUACAACGAGGAGGAUCGCAAUACAGAACAGUAUCCAGAAAAGGCUAAAAUAUUAGAGACCCCCGGGAGAAUCAAGGCAUCACAAAGGACAGCGAGAAGAAUCUGUAAACAAGUUGAUUUCGAUAAAACUACCCGUGCAAAUAAAAAAUUGUCAACAGGACACGGUUUAAGAAUCGAAAAACACGCACCCAAGGAGGCUGUUAAUAAAACAUCGAUAGAAAAGCGUAAAGGCCGAAGUGAAAAAGAUGGGUUCUUUCAAGGAGCAAUAAUAGGCUCGUUUCUCGGGGCGGCACUGACAACAGUUUUAGCAAAAUUGGCCACGGAAUAA